CGUCCCCCUGCUCAAAUGUUCCGACGUCACACCGUCAUCACCUCAUCAACGUUCCGACACCUCCCGGUCGCCGCCGCCGCCGCUUCUCUGCUGCUGCUGCUUCUCUCCGCCCAGUCCUCGGUGUAGUCCUGCUGAGGGACAAUUGUUUCUAGUGGUGGGUGGCGAGCCCCUGUCCAGCAGCCAUGUCGGGCUUCAAUCUGCUGCAUCUAAUAACCAAGAGUCAGCCUGUGACUCUGAGGCCCUGCAGUCUUCCCUCAGGAGCAUGUAGGACCAAGAAGACAUGGCCGGCGAGCUUCUCUCAGGAGGAGCUGAAGAAACGGCUCACUCCCAAGCAGUUCCAUGUGACUCAGGAAAGAGGAACUGAGAGUGCGUUCACUGGUGAAUUCACAGAUCAUAAAGAUGAAGGCACCUACACGUGUGUUGUUUGUGGAAAUCAGCUGUUCAGCUCAAAGGCUAAAUUUGACUCUGGAUCAGGUUGGCCAUCCUUCUUUGACCUGGUGAAGGAGGAGUCUGUGACUGUGACCGAUGAUUUCUCCUAUGGGAUGCACAGAGUGGAGACCACCUGCAACCAGUGUGGCGCUCAUCUGGGACAUCUGUUUGAUGAUGGACCAAGACCCACAGGGAAGCGCUACUGCAUAAACUCAGCCUCACUGGCCUUCCAGCCCAAAGACACGGCCUCCUCCACUCCCACCCCCGCGGCCGCGGGCGGAGCUGCCAGCAGCUCAGAGAGCGAUGGGAAGAAGGAGCUCUGAAGGACACGCCAGCCUUCUGACUGUGUGUAGGAGUCCAAAAGUUCAUGUAGCAUUGAAAUACUUCACAAAGUACAGACAGAGUGAGGUGAUUGUGUGGCAGAGACAAGAAAAGUGACACAGACCAAAUGCACCAAAUAAUCUGUCACAUGGGAAAGUGCAUGUUUCCUAAACAGCCAUAAAACUGCAACACACACACACACUGUAUUAAUUGGUUGCCUUAAAAUAAUAAUUUGGUGUUUGUCAACCUGGGUGUUGCACACUUUUCUCCGUUGUCGGCAUGAGGGUGUGUUACUGCCACAGGACCUUCAGCUGUGGUUCAGUGACGAUUUCCUGUGUUUCCAUUUGGUACGAGCUUCUGCUUCCUGCCCCAUGUGACAGUGUCCUGACUGAAUUAUGCAUUUCCCCCAGAAAAACAUCUACAUUGACCAUAACAAAAUUCCUCCCUUUACAUAUCCAGGUCUGGGUUUAAGCAUCUGCUCUGCCAGUUUAUAUAUGAAUGCAGUGCUGUGUACUAGACACACAAACACAUUUGUAUACACAAUAAGUAUAUAUUACUAUAUUAAAGUGUUGUUUGAUACUGAGAGGUUCAUUUAACAAUAUCACCUAUGCAAGUGCUAGCGUCAGCAGUGACCGAAGGAAUCUUAUUGUGGAAAAUAAUGUAGUGCAGCCUCCAGGUCACUUCCUGUAUUUGUUCCUUCUUAGGCUUUUGCUUUAGGAAAUAUUUUCAGCUUGUAUUAAAACAGUUAUUGGAUGAAUAAAAUAUCUUGAAGCAC